UUGGGCUGUCUCGGGGGAAGAGAGAGGAGAAUGCGGAUUGUUCUUUUGCCGGCUGUGUUUUAUGGUGUCGCACUGAGAUGGAAAAACUAUAAAACGCUUGUUUAUGCGUCCAUAAAUCCAAAUUAAGUCCGUCGAGUGGAAAUCGUUUGAUUUACGGACUAGCUGUAAUAAGUAGCAAAGGAGCUUUUGUGUUGCAACAACAACAGCAAAAAAAAUAGCUCGUGUACACGUAAAUAGCACGGGAAUGGACUCUCUGCCUGGUGUGUGCGUUUUAUUAAGACCAUGGGACUCAUUUGCUUUAGUUUUUGCGUUGAUAACCAGCUGAAAUAAGGAAAUUAAACCGAUAAAGACCUACAACAAAGAGUCCGCGUGCAUAUCCGCAAAUCUCGCGAGAAGGCGCGUGGUUUUAGCACUUUGACAUUCGAACUUUGUAAUUCUGGCGUUCAGUUUGUCGGCUGAUCACGGCGAAGUGGACCCGAACCUGUCGGCUUCGGUUUAUCUGUGUACUGUUUACGGAGAUAUCCUAGCACGACAGAUGAGCAAUAUCCGCGUACAUAGCACUAUGACUCAAAACAUGAGUCAUUUCAGACGUUAUAUGUAACCCGGUUGGUAAUUAGCUAGCUAGCUAAGGGAGUUUCGGCGGUGCGCGCGCGCGGCGUCCGGAGAAACCGGAGAUAACGAGGAUGACGAUGCACAUCAUUUCGUGAAACAGAAGCUUGGAUCACGUUUGGAACCUUGUGCAACCUUGUGGCUUAAAAGCGCAUGUCAAGUAUUACAGCCUGGCCUUUUCACGUCACACCUUAUGUUGAAUGAACACUGCCUACAUUUUCUUGUACAAUGGAUGACCUAAGUUUAAAAGCCCUUGUGCAUUGUUAUCAGUUUGUGCUAGACUGUGAACUAGUCUCUCCCUACUUCAUUCACAGUGCUCUUCCAGUGCUUUACUCAAGCCCUUUAGUUUGUAAGAGUAUUGUCAUCAUUUGAACGAUCACCCAAAGACGUAGCAAAGAAGCCUUUUUCUCAAUCCAUUUAUUUAAGUGUAUGGAAGUGAUCUAGCUUUUGAGUGUCUCCUCACUCUGUGAGUGGAGAUAUGUCUGAAAGUUUUAGAGACAAGAUGGUCAAGUUCCUGUCCCCAGCUUCAAAGAACACCAAUGGCUCCAACUCGGACACGCAGUUGGGUGAACGGAUUGGUCCCGAAGUCCGCCGCCGGCACCACACAAUGGAGCGGGACUCGAAGGCUGAGCACCGAUUUGUCCGGCGCAGUGUUAUUUGUGACUCGAACGCCACAGCUUUGGAGCUUCCUAGCAAAAUCUUUUUCCUGAAUGCGCCACCGGAUUUUUCAGCUGCUUCCACCGAACUUAACUCUGGUGAGAUUAAAAUCACAGCUCAGACUGAAACUGAUGGGCCAAUCGUUGAGAAGGUGGAGGGAGCGAAAGAUGGUGUCCAAGAGGAGAUAGUCGCAGAGCAGAGGCCCGUGGUGUCAGCCAGUCAGGUUGUGGAGACGAAGAAAGAACCAUGUCUGGAGACACACCGCAAGACGCCAGAGCAGGAGUCGGGCAUUAGCCUAGGCACAAAACAGGAAAAUGAUAAGGAGGAAGAUGAAGAAGCCAAGGCAAAGGCCCGUGUGGAGUUGGGGCAACAGCGCGGGGCUGAGAAGAAGGACCAAGAGGACAUAGAGGAGGUGGAGACGAAGGCUGUCGGAACUUCGCCUGAUGGUCGAUUUUUGAAGUUUGACAUUGAGAUUGGACGUGGCUCAUUCAAGACUGUGUAUAAAGGAUUGGAUACGGAGACGACUGUGGAGGUAGCAUGGUGUGAACUGCAGGACCGCAAGUUGUCCAAGUCAGAGCGACAGCGCUUCAAGGAGGAAGCUGGCAUGCUGAAGGGCCUGCAGCACCCCAACAUUGUGCGCUUCUAUGAUUCCUGGGAGGCUCCCUGCAAAGGGAGGAAAUGUAUAGUGCUUGUAACGGAGCUCAUGACAUCUGGGACCCUAAAGACGUAUUUGAAGCGGUUUAAGGAGAUGAAGAUCAAAGUCCUGCGCAGCUGGUGUCGGCAAAUCCUGAAAGGGCUUCACUUCCUUCAUACCAGGUCUCCUCCCAUCAUCCACCGUGACCUCAAGUGUGACAACAUCUUCAUCACUGGGCCCACUGGAUCCGUCAAGAUCGGUGACCUGGGCCUCGCCACUCUCAAGAGGGCUUCUUUUGCCAAGAGUGUCAUAGGUACCCCUGAGUUCAUGGCGCCUGAGAUGUAUGAGGAGAAGUAUGACGAGUCAGUGGAUGUCUAUGCCUUUGGGAUGUGUAUGCUGGAGAUGGCUACUUCUGAGUACCCGUACUCCGAGUGCCAGAAUGCGGCACAGAUCUAUCGCAGAGUGACCAGCGGAGUGAAGCCUGGCAGUUUCGAUAAGGUAGCCAUUCCUGAAGUCAAAGAAAUCAUUGAAGGAUGUAUUCGUCAAAACAAAGAUGAGAGAUAUUCCAUCAAGGACCUGUUGAACCACGCCUUUUUUCAGGAAGAGACGGGGGUUCGUGUCGAGCUUGCUGAAGAGGAUGAUGGGGAGGUGGUGGCUAUCAAACUGUGGCUGCGCAUUGAGGAUGUUAAGAAGCUCAAAGGGAAAUACAAGGAUAACGAGGCCAUUGAGUUUUCCUUUGACCUCCACAAAGAUGUCCCAGAGGAUGUGGCACAGGAGAUGGUCGACUCAGGCUAUGUGUGUGAGGGCGAUCAUAAGACCAUAGCCAAGGCCAUAAAGGACCGUGUGGCUCUGAUCUGCAGGAAGAGGGAACAGCGGAAGCUGGUACGAGAAGAACAGGAGAAGAGGAAGCAGGAAGAGGAAGGGGGGCAGCAGCCUCCCAGCGAGCCCACUCCUGCUCACUCCUCCACCACAAACCCCCCCAUGUUGACCUUGACACCAGUUCCCAUAGAGACAGAGGAGCCAGAGGGGGAGCAGCACCACCUGCAACAGCAGCCUGGAGUGCCUGCUUCAUCUGUAGGUGGUAUGGAGGGCCAGUACUCGCUGACUGCAUCUGAGUCUCAUCCUGUUCAGCCACUGGUGCCGUCUUACAGCUCUAUGCAGCCUGAGCAGCAGCCUCAGACCUCUGCCACACAACACAACCCUCAUUCCCAACUUCCUCAGCAGCAUGUUGUCCACCCACAUAGCCUGCCACAGGUUCCUUCUUCACAAGGAAGUAGUUCCCAGCCUCUGAUUCCUGUGUCCCAUCCUGAAUAUAGUGCUCCACAACAGCAGACCACUCUGCCAGCUUCUGUUCAGCCUAGCAUCUCCCAACAGCAUAACCAGCCCCCGCUGGAUGCUGCACCUCAGAGCUCAUCUCAGCCACCACCACCGCACGGCUCUCAGGUGGUCCAGGUAUGGCCAAAUCAACUCAGCCCUCCUGUUUUCUCUCCACCUCCAAAUGCUGAACAUCUGUAUUUCUUAUAUCAGACCUCUCAGUUACACCGGGUUCCUCUAAGUGUGUCCCAGUCUCCAGAUCAGACUCAAACACAGUCCAUGCUGAUUCCGCCAUCUGCAGAGAGUGGCCUGUCGGAUGCAGCUUCAGGGUUAAGUGAUGGGAAUGAGGGCAAGCACGAGGCUAGUUCCACAAAGCGCUACCAGCGCCGCUCAGUCCGCAGCCGCUCACGUCACGACAAGUCUGCUAAGCCCAAGCUUGUGGUGCUUAAUAUUUCCAAUAUUGGUGACAGAGUGGCUGAAUGCCAACUGGAAACCCACAACAGAAAAAUGGUGACAUUUAAGUUUGAUCUGGAUGGAGACAACCCUGAAGAAAUUGCACAGAUCAUGGUCGAGAGUGACUUCAUUCUGGAGAGUGAGCGCGAGUCCUUUAUAGAUCAGGUGCAAGAGGUUAUAGACAUGGCAGAUGAGAAAAGAGAAGCUGCUAAAGAUGGCCAUUCUCAGGUGAUAAAUGAUGCAGACCAGCAAAUACCCGAGAUAUCAAGUCCUAAUCUGCCAGGUCUGCCACCCAGCGUGGCUGCACAGGUGGUGCACUCAGCAGGGCGGCGUUUCAUUGUCAGCCCUGUACCAGAAGCACGACUUCGAGAGUCAUUUUUUGGCCCUCCCUCUGCCAGCACAUCUUUUGGAGAUGACCUGGCAGUGUCUGAUCCUGCCCCUGCAAACCAUGCACAACAGGGGCAAACCAUCCUGCCUCCCAGCACCACCCAGCCCUCAGUAUUACCCCCUCAACCUGUAUACCAGGGCCCAGUUACAGUUGCACAGAACACCUCUCCCACUGUGCCUGUUGGUUCCACUUCCCCACCUACUUCUGCUCCGAUACCCCGGACAGGCAGGACGUCCCCUUCCCUUGCCCCAUCAGAUCAGGCCAUCACUCAGCGUCGCACCUCACUUCCCACUCCAACUAUUCCCUACCAGCUGCCUGAGAGCAGCAUCACUGGUCCAACCUCUGUUGGAGAACAGCUUCCUGCUCCUGCCCAUACUUCCACCCCCACACCUCUGCCUGUAGUUGCUCCCAGCCAGUGUGGGGAGAGUGAGGGGGAGACGCAGGGAAAGUCACCAGGUAUUGAGGACAUCCAGGCCCUGGACAAGAAGCUCCGAUCUCUAUUCCAAGACCAGGGUUCAUCCUCGGGUGCCUCAGCCCAGCCUGAUACAUCAGGAGAUGUGCCCCCUACCUCUUCACCUCCCAACACCAUCAGUUCUCCACCUCCUGGCCUGGCCUCCACUGCAGGCCAUGUGGCACCAGCUAGUUUGUCUCUGAGCUCCAGUGGGCACUUUGCUCCUGGCAUGUUUGCCUCUCAGAGCCAAGGAGGUCCUCCUACUGUACAAGUGCAAACUGGUCAAGUUGAUCCUGUUGUACAAAGACUGCAGACUUCUGUAAGUGGACCCCAAGAUGGCCUGACUACUGUAGAGAACAUGCAGCCAGUGACUCCAUCAACUGGUGAAGGUUUUAGACUUGGCCGAUUUCAGGUUUCUGUGGCCACUGAUCAAGUUGUGGACGGUGCCUCUUGCCAGAAUACCAUGCCGUCUUCUUCAUCCACAACUUCUUCGUCUUCAUCGUCAACGUCAUCAACAGUCUCAAGCCCUGAAAACACCCUUCAUAAGUAUCAAACCCUGCCAAGCCCUGGGCAUGACCUUUCAGAAUCCAUUCCUCCUUCUGCUUCUGCUCCUCCUCCUCCUGCUCCUGCUGCUGCUACUACAAUUGGGCGCUUUCAGGUGACCCCUGGUGCCGAUGUCAAAGUGGGACGUUUCUCAGUUACUCCAACUGGAAAGGAGGAUGCAGGCUCAAAAGAAGAGGAAGAUGUUCGUGUAUCUAAUGUACCCAUAGUACAGCCUAACCCCCAAUGCAUCUUAAGCAGUGAUGACUCUGAGCCAGAGGACGAAGCCUUUAAGAAAGAGAUCAGACAGCUCAGGGAGAGGCAUACGAGUGAGAUCCAGGCCUUGCAGUCUAAGCAGAAGAAGGAGCUUGAGGAGCUGUUUGCACGGAUGGGCAAAGCACGUCCCUCCAUAGUGGCCUCCUCCCCUGUAGCUGUGGCAGGAGGUCGGCGCAGGCUCACUAAAAGCAAGAGCAAUAAAUCCAGCCGCAGUGGCAGCACCCAUAGCAGCCCUCAUCAGCAAGGAGAUAAACGUAACAAACAGGCUUCAGUUAGUCAGUCAACUACAGGAAAGGUUCCAGAUCUGCCGAAUACACUUGUUCAGGAUGUUCAGUCAGAAGGGACCACCAUCACAAAUAAAGCAGAAAAUGGGUCAAGCCAAGCUGCUAACCUUCCACGAAAAGGCACAUUUACAGAUGACCUCCACCAGCUGGUGGAUGAUUUUGCUCGGGAUGCCAUGAGCCACGUACAGGUCAAGAAGAAUGGCAAACAAAAUUCACAAAGCCUUGAUACAAUUCCUCGCAAGUUCUCUGCACCAGGGCAGCUGUGCUCAGCGGGCGGCCCUGUAUGUGCUCCCUGCGCCAACUCUUCUGCUGGAAGGAAGGGUUCAUUGUGCUUGACGACCCAGCAGCACACCUACCCCUGUGCCCCUUAUGUCCCCACACAGUGGGUGGGACCAGCAGGAAAUGCAGUAGGCUUGUUGCAGCCUACAGCCACAAAUGCUCUCCAGUCCGGUUUCCAUGUGGCCACAGGAACUCACAAAGCAGGAGCUAAUGGUGGAGGAACCAACAUGCGGACCACUCAGGCGAGCUGAGAUACAAAUGGACAUUACAGCGCACACGGAUUUAGCCUAAUUGCUGACUGUGAACUGUUUUCAAUCACCUAUAAGCAUAUUUUAGUCCCAAACUAGACUUAAUCUCUGUCUAGAAAACCAGCUUUACAGGAGUUAUGACAGUGUAGUACAGCAAAGGGAUAUACUCCAAAAUUCUGAAGGUUGUCUCUGUUUUAAUCUGUGGGAAAAUGUAUGUAGACUGUUUACAGUAAACAGCAGCCAGAAAGCCUUUAAAGGUCUCAUCCUGUGACUUGGUUGGUGCAUGAAAGGUAUGUGCAGUUAGGGCUAUAAGACUUUGGGCCUUACAGAUGGAUGUGUACAGACUGGUAUGGCAGUGCUAGACUAAGACAAAACUAAAGCUAUGGCCUUAAUUACUAAGCGUUAGUCUCUUUAAAUGGGGACGCAUGGAUGUCAUGCUUUGUAAUGUAAAAAGGUUCUUAGUAUGCAGCUAAAUGGUUAACAUUUUCCUAAGCAGCCUGCAGUUUAGCUUAAAUGUCUCCUUAUCUACACUGUACAGUAAUUAAAAACAGCAUGACGAGUUUGGACUACAAAUGCUGCCAGUACAUGUCUUCUGUACCUAAGUAAGACAGCAAUAAACAAGAUGAAUAAAGUAAGUUGGUGGCAAGUUGGAGCAAGGAAAACUUUGGUUUAGUGAAGCAGAGUUUUAGGUUUAAAUUAUACAACCUUAUUACAUAAUCACGAGUAGUAGGAGACCUGUUUCUUUUGAGAUUUUGAAACGUGUUAAUUUUUUUUUCGAAAAAUUCUUCAAAAUAUUAGAAUUUGACCUAAUGACAGAUGUGCAAUAUAUGAAGGUUAAAUAAGCAGGGUGAUAGAGCACUUGACAAACCUUACACCUUUUUCCAUUAUAAGUAUUUGCAUUGUGACACUUGUAUUUGUGACUGCAUUUGACUAUAUAUCGUGUAGACCUGUAUUUUCUCAAACUCCUACUGUAACUCGGUGGAUGUAUCGAGGGCAUGUAGGUUGUAGGCGUUCUGCAGUGGCUACAGCACGUAGCAUUCUGCAGAUUCUUGGGCUACAUGUGUACGGGGUGCCUUCUUAAAUGAUCGUAUUUGUUGUGCCAGCCUUGACACAGUUAUCCUCCCUAUAAUGCAUUUUCUCUAAAUACAUUUGUCACAGUUCAUGCUGGCUAUUAUUAUCCUGCUCAAAUUGGUAGAAAGUUCUCUUUAUUGAAAAUCAAUCACAAUAUAUAUGAAUGUUGCUGUGAAGUAAAUUAACAAAGUACCCAAAAGUCACAUUUUCUGCAGAUUACAGUAUUGCACAAUUUGUCUUUAUACUCUCAAUACCACUCUCCUAAACAUUAUUUCUAAGCCACAAAACACAGUGCCAUUCCCACACAGAAGUGAUUUUCUCUCACCUCUGAAAUGAUUCGCUCGACUUCUCUAGAGAAGGAAAAACGUUACUGCAAUGCAGAAUAUGCACCAUUUUAAAAGGUUAAGCAGGCUCGGGAGGCUAAUGUUACUUUUGAUACUUGAGUGCAUGAAUUUUUCUAAACCUUUUCUUUAAUCUGAUUUUCAUAAACCACUUAAUCACAACAGGUUUUAAAGUACCACUAGUGUCACAAUACACUCAAAUCCAGCUAUACUUGCAUUGUUCUCUGCAUGUUUUAAAACCUGAACACUUCACCUGUUUAUUAAAUCAGCAUUAAACUUUUAGGUUAGAAAAAGUAAAUACUGCUAAUGCAUUGAUUCUCAGUUGUCAGUUUUGUCCCAGGUCUUUUUGGUGACUAUAUUGAUGGUUGUGUUAAUUUUUUUUUUUUUUAAAGUGUAUAUACAAGAGAUGAAUUAAAAAAUUUUGGAAAUGA